AUGCUCCGUGUAAAUGGCACACGCAUCAUUAACCAGGCUGGGGAUGAAGUAAUUCUCAAAGGUGCAGGCUUAGGAGGCAUGCUUAACAUGGAAAACUUCAUCACUGGCUACUCGGGGCAUGAGCAUGAGCACCGUGCUGCGUUAACAGAUGUCCUUGGCAAAGAGAAUGCCGAAUUCUUUUUUUCUCGUCUCCUUCACUAUUUCUUCACUGAGGCAGAUGCCGAACUCUUCGCCUCUCUCGGUCUCAACUGUCUCCGUGUGCCAUUUAACUAUCGGCACUUUAUGGACGAUGAUAAUCCUGACAUUAUCAAGGAUUCGGGAUUUGAGCUUCUUGAUAGAAUCGUCAAUAUCUGCUCCAAAUACAACAUAUACGUCGUACUGGACCUGCACGCUGUCCCUGGUGGCCAAAACCAGGACUGGCAUAGUGACUCUGGCUUGAGCAGAGCCCUGUUCUGGGAAUUUCGGGAUUUCCAAGACCGUGCCAUUCAACUGUGGGUGGCCAUUGCUAGCCACUAUGCUGGGAACCCUGUAAUUGCAGGAUACAACCCCCUCAAUGAACCGGCAGAUCCUCAGCACACUCGACUUAUAUCGUGGUAUGAGAGGGUCGAAAAGGCCAUUCGAGCUGUUGACCCAGAUCACAUGCUGUUUUUAGACGGCAAUACCUACGCGAUGGACUUUUCAGCAUUUGAUACGAAAAAGACUUUGCCAAAUACGGUAUAUAGUUGUCACGACUAUAGUAUGAUGGGCUUCCCUCUUCCGGAACAGUAUGACGGAACAGAGGAGCAGAAGACAAGGCUGCGUGCCAGUUUCGAACGCAAAGUCCGGUUUAUGAGAGAAGCUGGCGUACCAAUAUGGAACGGUGAAUUCGGCCCUGUAUACCAAGAUCCAAGAACGGAUCCAGAUGCCGAAGCGACCAAUACUAAGCGUUUUGCGUUAUUACAAGAGCAACUUGCUAUUUAUCAACAAUGUGGUGGCGUGUCAUGGAGUAUUUGGCUAUACAAAGACAUUGGAUACCAAGGCAUGGUGUACCUUGACCCCGAGAGCCCAUACAUGCACCUCAUGCGCCCAUUCAUUGAGAAGAAACAGCGUUUGGGUCUCGACUUCUGGGCCUGUGCGGACAAGACCAAGAUAGACGACGAAGUUUACCAGCCGCUAAUUUCAAAGUUGAAGGAGAUGAUCCCGGAAAGCUUGCAUCAGAAGAAAUAUCCAAAGAUUUGGACCUUUGAUAGACAAGUUGAACGAGUAAUUAGAGAAUGCCUCAUGAGUGAGUAUCUCGGCUGGGAGCUUGCCGAGGCUUUUAGAGGUAAGACGAAGGAGGAGCUGGAGAGUUUGGCGGGUUCUUUUGCUUUGGAGAAGUGUUUGAAGAGAGAUGAACUGAAUUGGAUUUUGGAAAUGGACACAAAAGCAUAUUUGCCAAGUAGCAAGAAGGCAUAG